UUCGUUCACGAGCGAAACACAAUAACAGCGCAUGCGUAGCAGUAUCGCUGUCACUACUUUGACUUUAGUUAAAUGUCGCGUUGCAUUUAAAUCGAUUUUUUAACAAAAUAGUUACACGACUUCAAUGCAUUAACAUAUUUGGGACUGAAACUUAUUAGUUAUCGGGACAGCACACAAUCCGUAGCAGAUAUCGGUGUCGCUCAUCUUCUUUUGGCGCUGCAGAGACAUGUUUACAUCCCAGACCUCUUCCUUCCAGGAGUCCUUAGACGUGGAUGAAAGGGAUGCAGACUUCGACAACGAAGAGAUCGCCGGAUACAGCCAGAACAUACAACAGAUUAACAGCUACUAUGCCAUAUACUACUACCAGAACACAAGAUCUGAGGCUUCUGGAGACAGUGUGGCCUGGAGCCAGAGGAGGUCAGACUCAACCACAAGUCAGGAAGACUUUAGUCUCACACUGCUGGACUCCAGCUUGCCAGCCGAGGCCGAGCCGGAGCUCCGGAGCUACAUCUCCCGCAGGCUGAGCAAGGGCGCUUUGCUGGGGGGCAUGGGGAACAUUGCCACGGUGGAGCUAAGCAUCCCUGAGCAAGUGGUGGGCUGUUACUGCUGUCUGCUGGAGCAGGAGAAAUCUCCAGAACAGCCUGAGGCCGACGGCAACGGCUGGGUGGUGUGUCUCCUCGGAGGAUCAGAGAAGGGCCUGAAUCUGUUUAGAAUCGAACUGGACAAGUACGUCCAGGGUCUGCAGGGCUGCUUGACUCCAGAGAUGCAGAAUUUGGAGGCCGAAGUCAGGCCCUACCUGAACCGCUGGUAUGAAGAGUCAGUUAUGCACAUUCACAGAGUGGUUCAGCUGCUGCAGGCGAACGUCGGGUACCUUCUGCAUGCUGCUUUGAGUCACAAACUCGUCGAAGUCACAGGGGCAGAUGAGAAGACAAAAGCAGACGUAGCAAGAUUUAUCAAAGCAGCAAGCCUGCAGGGUCUAGUUCAGGAAGACACGACUGCAGCCUCCCUCUGUAAAGCCAUUUCAGAGGACACUCACACCGGUCUGAUCAUCGACUGCUCCACCAGCCCACCUACACUCACCAACGAAGUCAGUAACCGGUUCUGUGAUGACUGGAUCCAGGCCUUCCUCAAUGCUGCUGAGCGCUUUAACCCUUUCCUUCUCCGCCAAAUCCUGGAGAACUUUAAACUUAAGAACACGAAUGAAGAUGUUUUGGAGAAUGCUGAUAACUAAACCAGAUUUGUUUGAUGUUGACUUCAGUUGUAUUUUUUGUUUUAUUGUACAUUUUUUGUCCAUACAAUGGAAGAUAGUGGUAACUGAAAUUGUUUAUAACCAACAUUCUUCAAAAUUUCUUUUGUGUUUCAGGGAGGAAAGAAAAUAAUACAGGUUUGGCAUGACAUGAGGAUGACUACCCAUUUAAAUGCAUUAGAUUAAUUUGAGUUACUUUAUAAUUUUGAUUUUAUAAUUUUAUAUUUUUUUUAGUGUUACUGGUAAAUGUCUGCUCUCUGUUUUCCAGAUCUCACAUAUAACACUUAUAUUUGUUGCUGAUAAUCUGUGUCUUGAUUUAAUUAUUAUCUAAAUCUACUAUGUUGCAAACAUCUGCUCACAAUAUAAAUUAAUGAGGAUCUGUCAAAUGUUACAUCAAAAAAGGAAUUCUUAACUUUAAAAGUAUUAUAUUAAAAAGUAUUAACUUGCAUUUAAAAAGUGUUUUUAAAAAGCAUUAACUAGUAUUGUUAAAUAAACAAUCUUUUCUGUAUAGCAACGAACUGACUUAAGAGUGGUCACACUCAGAAAUGCCAGUUACCUCAUUGUGACUGUCUUCAAAAAGCACAUUGUUUCUCUGUGCAGGCCAUUCAGGACAUGAACAACCUGAAGCGCUUCAUCCGUCAGGCA